UGCGAGCUAGUUGUGCGCGUCAAUUCGCCCGUUGAUUGUUGAUUGUUUUAUCAUUUUCUCUUUAUUGUUAUUUGUACUAUCUGUAGAAAGAGAGUAUAAUUAGCGAGUCGUGCGCGAAUAUCUUCCUCGUGGUCACGAGCAAACUCGGCAAACGCCGGAGGAAACAAUACCUCGUUAUCUAUCGUUAUCACCGGACGAGUCUCCCUAUCGAACAUAACCGCUGUAUCGAUCCGACACAUCGCUGCCUAGUCUGUCCGCCUGCCGCAGCAGCGUACACGACACAAUUGGUAAGAAAAAUGGUGCUCGCUUCGAGACGCUCGGUGACAAUUGCACGUGCAACGAGUCGUAGCAUCGGGCUCCUGGAACGGAGCCCCUUCUUGCCGUGAAAAAAAUAUAAUGCUCUGUCGAAUGUCGUUGUCGCUCCACACCAACGUGGGCUUCCUCCGCAGUGCCGGCCACGGAGCAGACCACAAAUGUCUUGUAAAGGAACUGCCGCCAUCACCGCAUGUACAUCGAGACGACAUAGUCGCGAGAAGAUUAGUUCCGAAAACGAAGGAACGGAAUGCGCGCCCGUUGAUGCUCUUUUUGCUUCGUCGAGAACGGAAGAAGUCGGUAAGAGGAAUCAAAAAACAAGAAGAAAUGAGAAUUGGCAACAAACGGUGACUGGAAAGGGUGUUGACGUCGUCGAGACGGUAGCUGACUUUGAGAAAUGGCUUAAGAUGCGUAGCACGGAACCGCCGGUGCCAUCGAGUAUGGACUUGGACGCAACCAAGAUGGUAGAGGGCGUAGACCGAUAUUUGGGUGAAGAGGUACUAUCACAUGGUUGUUUUCUGAGCAAAGAUCCAUAUGGUUUGUCCAUUGACAUCGAUUUGGCAGACACUAAGAAGCUUAAUCUGUCGUCAAGCUAUGAUCCGAUAUUACAGGAUCUGACGCACAGCGAGAAUCGAUUAUUGGAACCACCAUGCGAGAAAGUCGUCGACGAGUUUAUACUACCAGAGUUCCAGCUGGAUCAUUUGGAUCCACUAGUGACCCUUACGCCGGAUGACAUGAUAGUGGCUGGUGAGAUUCUACCGUCUGCGAGCAGCCAGUCAAUGAUAAGUGUAGAAAAUCAUGAUGUUGAACAAAAUACUCCAAAAAUUGGAGUUCCUGUGCAGAACAAUGAGACACCCUGUGAGAAAUCCACACAGGUUACUCUCAAUCAGCUACCAGUGAAUAUAGUCGUGAACAAAAUGGAGGAUAUAAAGACAGAACAGGAAACUGUAGUACAAUCUUCAGUAAGUUCCUCGGAGCUCUUCAUUGGGACUCUACCAUCAAUAGAGGAGAACUCGUCGAAUACUAUGACAAAUUCCAUGGAAAUAGAUACGCAUGGUAUGGUAAUAGAACAAUUGAAGAAGACAAAACUUGAACCUCGUAUCAUCAAGAAACGUCGACAGAUGACAGAACGACUAGAGAAGAAGCUUGAUAAGCAUAUUAAUGGUAAAAGCUUUGCCAUUGACACAGACUCACAGGAUGGCAUGAUGGCUGUGGUUGCUAUAUCUACUGACAAAACCUCCAACAUGACACAGAUUGUUAUCAAUACUGGCACAGAGAAACAGAUCUAUCAAGGCAAGACUUCGGAAUUGAUUGAAGCAACAGGCAAUUUUCCAAAAUUGCCCAAGAUAGAUACUUCAGCCGCAGUUUGGAAUGGCACAGUUGAAUAUGGUACCGAUAGUAAUCCAAGUAAUCAAUAUGAAAUUGUUAUAUCCAAUGCACUGGAAGAAUUAGGUAUCACCGACGAUAGCCUGCAACCUUUGUGCACCACCGAACACGACAAGGUGUGGCUCUGUCCACGAGACGGUUGCAACAGACAAUUUGGUAGAUUGUACACUCUGAAGGGCCAUUUGUUGGCCCAUUAUGGAGUUAGACCGUUUAAGUGUGACUUUGAGGGCUGCACUUGGGCCUUUUAUUCAGAGUUCAAGCUGAAAAGACACAAGGAGACACAUCUGAAGCGCAAGGAUUAUGUGUGCGAGGUGGAAGGCUGCAAUCGUCGUUUUACUACCGUCUACAAUCUAUGGAGCCACGCGAAGUUGCACAAUCGUCCUAAUCGGAUCGUGUGCCAGGUGCCAGACUGCGGUGAGAAGUUUCAGACGAAACGAGCAUUGGAACUACACAUGAAGUCGCACGAUCAACGUCAUGCACCUUACGUGUGUCAGCAUGAGGGUUGUGGCAAACGUUACUACAGUAGCAAUGCAUUGACGUCACAUCAACGAUCACAUAGCUAUAAAGAAGUGGACAUCAAGUGUUCGUGGCCGGGUUGUGGCAAGAUUUUCGACAAGCCUUGCCGACUCAAAGCACACAUGCGGUCUCAUACCGGCUAUAAACCCUAUCCUUGUACUUUUCAAGACUGUAAGUGGGCUUUUUCAUCAUCCAGUAAGCUUAAGCGCCACCAAAAGAAGCACACGAACGAGCGUAAAUUUGUGUGCGACGUGCCGGAUUGUGGCAAGGCAUUUAUGCGCUCGGAACAUCUGAAGGAGCACCGACUAACGCACACGGAAGGCCGCUUUUUCCAAUGCUUCGUGUGUGAUGCCCGAUUCUCCGCCAAGAGCAGCUUGUAUGUACACAUCAAGAAGCAUCAGCAGACUAAGCCGGAAAACGUAGCCAAUGAUAUGCUCGAACGCACUUCUGGUAAUCAAAAACGUACGAGAACAAAAGAAUCUCAUUAUUCGCGAGUGAAGCCGUCAAGUAAGUCGAAGCGAUGGAACACGGAACUGAUAAGUGCUGCGGAGAUUAUCGCGAAGGAAAAUGAAGUUGAGAAGCAGAGUGCUAGUACAUGUUCCCAGGAUGGGGAUCAAAUGGAAUGGCUGUAUCGUUGUCCGAUAGAGAUAUGCGGACAUUUAAUCAGCAGCGAAACGAUUCUUCGUGAACACAUGUUAAAAGUACACGGUAUACAAUGCGACGAUUUGUUGACUAAACCAUCUUCGAACGAUGUCGACAUAGAUUACGUUUUAUGUACCGUGCACAGUUCGCCAAGUUCAUCCACUGUCGUCGAAGAAGAACAAAUGGUCAUGGUGACUCCGUGCGAUGCCGUCAUUCUUGAUACCUUUUCGUCAAAAACAGAUCAUUGUUUGCCAGAACCGGAACCGCCACCUUUCAACUCCUUGCUGAAGAGCUCGGAAUCGUUCCAAAAUGAUACGCAAAAUGAGCGGAUUGACAAGGAAACUGUAUCAGUGAAGGAACAGGGUUCGGCAAGGACAGAUCUAACAUAUUCUGAUUGGUCUAAAUUGAAGAAGGACAGUACAUUGACGAAUUCGAUAGUAACGGAAACGUCGGACGUUGUAUUGGGCACAAGUGAUGAUUUAAGCGAAGGUCUGUUGCUCACAGAAGAGCUACCGUCGAUGUAUUAUCAGGACGACGUGGCGGGUACGGAAUAUCAGGUGCUGUUAUUAGAUUCAAGUCCGCUCGAGAGUGCCAGUAAUUUGCGCGGUCUCGAGUGAUUUUCGUGAUGGACGCAAGUAAUGAUUUUUACUAUCAUGAUCCUGAGUGAUUUUUCGUGAUAGAGUGCUCUCGAUCGAGUGAUUACUGUAUAAUUAUUUUGGACAUG